AUGGAAAGUAGACAACAAUGGUAUUCCCUGCUGAAAAAGGAGAUAAGCAACAGUCCUCUGGUAUCAAAUUUGGUGUUUGGCUUUAUCCUCAUGGUACUAGAGAAGCUGGUGGAGCUGGAGUUUGAGUGUCCUUGCAACCCUAAAUGGAAUAGAGUGUUGUCAUCAGCCUUCUUCAUCAUCCCUGCCGUCACGGCUUUCCUCUUGAUGCUGAUCAUUCAAGGAUGCAGAUGUGAUUCUUGUCGCAGUAAAAUUGUUAAAUGUAUUGUUCCUGUUAACAGUUUUGUUCUUGCCAUCGUGUGGCUGAUCUUAUUGUUUCUAGAUGGCCAAUACUUUGCUUGUGCCAUGACAGACUGGGAAGGCAGAUUUGUAAUAGUUGACAAGGCGGCUCCGCAGAAGUGGUGCGAGCCAAAUGAGAAAGAUGCCCUUCAGAAACUUAUGCCUCGCUGGCAGGAGUCCUUUGCCAUUUCUCAGGUAAGUCCAUUUACUUUACAGUUUGGACCCAGGAGGAUUUGUCCACAUUUGAUGCCAUGACCUAUUGUCAACUACUAAUCAAGCACUUCUGAAUCAAACACUGACAUUUUCUGUGAAUAUUUCCUUAACAAAAUGUUGCUUUACUCUUUUGCACCCAGAUCACAGGCAUGUGCCUCCUCAUGGCCAUCUGUGUGGGUCUCGUAGUGUAUUUGAUAUACACAUGUUGCACCAGCGACCGCAAAACACAAAACAACCCACAGGAGGAGAGAGAGGAAGAAAAUGCUGCAGAGGUAGCAGUCCGCAUGAAAACGAUGUCCCCUGGACAGAGCAGUACAGUAUGA